AUGGCUGAAAUCACCGGCCUGGUUCUCUCUGGCAUCCCUCUCGUACUCUGGGCACUAGAGAAAUAUUCAGAGCCUUACGAGACCUUCCACAACUACCAUGUCUCGAUAGAGACUUUCCGGGCCAGGUUGGAUAUGCAGCACAAACAGCUCCAGACGACGCUCAGAAACAUCGGUUUGAUCGAGCCGUCGAUUGAUGAGCUGCGCGAAUGCCUGGAGGCCAAGUUUCCCGCGAUGUCCCACAGUCUGAUGCCGAACGGCCUGCCCGAGAAAGUCCAGUGGGAAUGGCGCAGAGUGAAAAACAGUGUCAGCACAAGAAAGCGUAAUAAGCUGGUUGACGACCUCAGGCAUUGGAACGAAGACCUGAGGAACGCUCUCGAAAAGGCAGAGAUUCCCGCGGAAGAUGACAGCGGCAAGGUGCAGGAUCUGAGGCGCUGUUUCAGCCUUCAACGCUGCGACUCCAUCCGCCAGUGCCUGGGUUCCCUUCACCAUGCCCUGAGAUCUAGGUUCCAGUGCGCCUGUCCAACGCCUCACCAAGCGGCUAUCAAUCUCGACUGGCCGGCCUAUGAGGCAGAUGUGAACAAACCGUUCAAGGUUGCCAUUUCUUACCAUCCCAGCGCGCCGCCGCAACACCCAAUUUCAUGGCGAGAGCUGCACUUCACUUUGGAGUCACUUACCCAGCAAGCUAAGCCACACGUUGCGUUGCUGGUUCCGCCGUCACCGCCACCUAGAGCCCGUUCUCCGUCCUCAUCGAUCAGGUCCAAGUUCGUGCAGUUCAAAGCCACCUACUCAAAGUCUCGGACAGUUCCAUCUCAACCAAAACCCUCCGCCACAAGCACUCCUUCUCCUCCUCCUCCUUCCACUGCUCCUAGUUCGUCACAGACAGUGGCCGCGGUGGUAGCCUCGGGAGGUAGCGAGAUAGCCUGUCUCUGUGCUGCUCUGCAAGCAAAGUGUAAACUAACAGGCAACCUCAAAAUCCCAGGCGACGAUCAAGAUAGGCAAUUCUCCCUUGCCCACCACCAAACGAAUGCGCCAAACAUCGUCAAAGUGAUCCCUCUUCUGUCUCUAGUUCAUAGGCAGCCACAGCAACAAGACCCUUGGCUCUUCCUAUCGGCAAAACAGAGAUACGGCAUCGCCGCCUCCAUUUCGUGGUCUGUCCUGCACCUCGGUGGAAGCCCCUGGUGUAGUGAACAGUGGUAUCAAAAGCAAGUGGCCAUUUUCAUCGAGAAAACAAGAAGUGGCCGCGAGAUCCUCUCACAGUACCCCUGUAUAUCAGAUAUAUUCUCUCCGCCCACAGCACCGAGGGAGGAGCAGCCCCCGCAUGAUCUGGAGGACCUUAUCCCCAACAGAACUAUCUUUGCACUCGGAAUUUUCCUUAUAGAGCUGUGUACCAACAAAUCAGUCCUAUUGCAUACCUCAAUCCUUGACGUCUAUCGGGCUGCCAUCGGCAGCCUUGAUGAGGUUUACCGUAUAGCAGGAGACUCUUAUGGAUAUGCUACUGAGCGAUGUGUGAGAUUUCGCUUUCGGGGCCGGGACGUCUGCAAGGACUUUGAAUUCGCCCAGUUCCGCCAACAGUUUUAUGAAGUGGUGGUGGCGCCGAUCCAGGCAACUUAUCUCAUGUUUCCAAACUCGUCUAGGCCCAUAUAA